AUGGAAUCGAAACUUUCAAGUCGUAUCGGUAGUAACCAUGUUCAAUCCAUGCUUGGAAAAUCAUUAAGUUUCAAUGAGGUGAAGGUGAAGACAAGGUUGCAAUCUCUCAGUUUAAAAAGGCCUGCUUCUGAUCCAAAAGGAAUGGAUCCAAAUGGUAGCGGGAACAUGCUGCUUGAAGAAUCUUCAAGCUCGGAGAAUCCUACCUUUGUUGAAACAGAGAGCUUUAUGAAAUCGAAUAAUGAUAAGGUCGAUAACACCGUGGAAAACCAGGGUUCGAACUUCGCAGAGAACGGUGGAAGACAACACCAGGCUGCAUUAAGGUUGCAGAAGGUGUACAAGAGCUUUCGGACAAGGAGGAAACUAGCAGAUUGCGCUGUUGUUGCUGAGCAGAAAUGGUGGGAGUUGUUAGACUUUGCUGAACUUAAGCGAACCUCUGUAUCCUUCUUCGAAAUAGAAAAACAGAAGACCGCCGUUUCGCGGUGGUCUCGAGCUAGGACGAGAGCCGCCAAAGUCGGAAAAGGAUUGUCUAAAGAUGAAAAGGCUAGAAAGCUUGCUUUGCAGCAUUGGCUCGAGGCGAUUGAUCCAAGGCAUCGUUAUGGUCAUAAUCUCCAAUUUUAUUACACCACAUGGCUUCAAUGUGAAAGUCAACAGCCAUUUUUCUAUUGGCUUGAUAUCGGAGAUGGGAAAGAAAUCAGUCUCGAAAAGUGCCCUCGAUCAAAGCUUCAACAGCAAUGCAUCAAAUAUCUUGGUCCUGCGGAAAGGGAUUCCUUUGAAGUGGUGAUAAGGAAAGGGAAGUUAGUUUACAAGCAGAGCUGGCAUGUUGUGGAUACCACUGGUGGACCAAGAGAUGCCAAGUGGAUUUUUGUUCUUAGUGCAUCCAAGACUUUGUAUGUAGGAAUGAAGAACAAAGGCACCUUUCAGCAUUCGAGUUUUUUGGCUGGCGGAGCAACGUUGUCUGCCGGAAGACUGAUCGUGGAAGAUGGUGUUUUGCGGGCGAUCUGGCCUCACAGCGGACACUAUCUCCCGACUGAAGAGAAUUUCCUAGAGUUCCUUUCGUUUCUUCAAGAACACAAUGUUGAUCUCACUAAUGUCAAGCAAUUCUCUUCUGAAGAUGAUGAAGCCUUUAGCAGUAAGAAUAUUAUGGUUCAGGGCAAUGCUCCUGAACAGGAAGGCUCCAAGCACAUUGAGGAAACAAAUAAUGAGAACUCAAUUCAGGCCAACGCUGAGCUUGAUUCUGAUGCAACCCAAAAUGUUAAUAUAUCCAUGUCAAGAUGGUCUCGGGAAUUAAUCUCGAAAAUAAGAGCACUUGAAAUAGCAUCAAGUGAUGAUGAGGUCGACAUCUGCGAGACCGGUGAGCCUCCGGAACCCGCUGCGGAAGGCGGUAUUGAAAUAUCGGAAGAAUGUUUAUCCGAAGAACCAAAGACAUAUCAACUAGCUCAACUGUUGUCAUGCAAGUGGUCAUCAGGCGCGGGGGCGCGCAUUAGCUGCAUGAGGGACUAUCCUUCCGAGCUUCAGAACCGGGUUUUAGAGGAUGCACUCCUCUCCCAAACGACAAACAGUGCCGGUGCAUCUCCUCGGACACCGUCGUUUUUUAGCCCCGUUGCGUCAACUCGAUCGUUACGUAAAGGAACAAGUUUAUCUAUGAUUUGUUCACUUGAACACGUUCCCAUAGCAACCGUGGGAAUGGGAAAAAGCAAAAGCAUGUGCUGUUUUGAAAUACUUGUGUGAUUCUGGUUUUGGUUGGAGCAGAAGAUA